UUUAAAGUUUCAGACCACGUGGGAUUAUAGUAGAAGUAAAAUCUGACAAAAGAAGAGAUGGGUCGCUACAGAAGGAAGAGAAUGCACAAGAACAUCAAGGACAUCAAAAAGAAGUACAAAACCAAGAGAAGAACCAAAGACGUUGAUCAGAUCCAUGAUGACCUUCGGCCUGUUGUGGCCCCAGAUCUGCUCCGUCAAGUAGUGGACCAUGACCUCCCAGGCUCUGCCCAACACUACUGCAUCACAUGCGCACGCUACUUUAUUGAUGAGUCAGCGCUGAAGGUUCACUUCAAAAGCAAGCCACACAAGAGGAGACUACAUGCCCUCAAGGAGCCGGUGUACACACAGAGAGAGGCUGAGAUGGCAGCUGGCAUGGGGAACUACAUAAUCAAACGCCCUGAGGUGGGUCUGUUCGACUCUAUCAUGACUGAAGUAAACUCAGACAAAGCUAGCGAGAAACUGAAAGAACUGUCGUUAUCUUAAUCAGUACUUUUUAUGUGUAUAGUAAUACUGUUUGUUGAUGGCAUAUCAGUUUGUUGAUGGCACAUGGUUUAAAUGUGAA